CCGCGGGGCCAGGGGCUGGCGGGGGCGGCGCACGCACCCCGCGGAGCGCGGCCGCGGGGGCGGGCGGUCCUCUCCCUCCCCCCUGCCGCCGCCUCCGCGUUGCGCGGCGCCCCCGCGGCGGGGGAAGGGGCGUCCCGCCUUCCCCUCCGCCGCCAGGGCAGGACGCCGGGCGCUCCGCCGGGCCCCCGGCCAUGGGGCUGCGCGCCGCCGCGCUCGUCGGCUGCUGCUGCCUGCUGCCCCUCGUCCUCCCCGCCGCCCCAGGCAUGAAUUGUAAAACUGGCUGCCACCCAGUGAAUGGAUUUUGUGAGUUUCCCAGUGAAUGCAGGUGUCAACCUGGCUGGCAGGGCGCUCUGUGCAAUCAGUGCGUGCCCUUCCCUGGCUGCGUGCACGGCGGCUGUGCCAAGCCCUGGCAGUGCCUCUGCGAGGAGGGCUGGAUCGGCAGCCUCUGUGACAUAGAUAUUCACCCAUGUUCUGCAAAGCCCUGCACCAAUAACUCAACCUGCAUAGAGACUGGUGAUGGAGGAUAUAUUUGUUUGUGUACCCAGGGAUUUACAGGAAAAAACUGCCAUCUCAGGAAAGGACCCUGCAUUAUUAAUGGCUCUCCCUGUCAGAACGGAGGAACAUGCGUCGACGACAAUGGUUUUGCACCGCACGCUUCCUGUCUGUGCCCUGCUGGUUUUGCUGGCAAUUUCUGCGAAAUAGAUAUAGAUGACUGUGAAUCCAGCCCGUGUGAAAAUGGAGGAACGUGUACAGAUAUUGGUGUGGGUUUCAGCUGUUUUUGCCCCCAUGGCUAUACAGGAAAACUCUGUAGCAGCCGCGUCAUAUUCUGCGUAAGUGGCCCAUGUGAGAAUGGAGGAACAUGCAGUGAACUUCCCCAGGGAGGAUACGAAUGCAUCUGUAAGCCAGAAUUUGUUGGUGCAACCUGCAAGCAUCCCAGCAAAAACACAAGUCUCUCUGGAGUGAAUACAGAGACAAAUACACAGAAUUACAACCCACCCCCAAAAGCUCAUCACAAAUCAGUGCAUCAAGAACAUCAAGUCCUGAAAAUAACAAUGAAAGAAACAAUCCAAAAUGCAGACGCCUUGCUCAGUAAAAGUCAGGUGAUAUGUUUCAUUGUCCUGGGCUUACUUACAUGUCUUGUUGUCUUGGGUACAACUGGGAUUGUAUUUUUUUCAAAAUGCGAAAUGUGGCUUGCUAAUGCCAAAUAUAGUCAUCUCCUACGCAAGAAAAAGAACUUUCUUCUGAAAUCUAGCAAUGGGGAAAACCUCUCUGUUAAUAUUAUCUUCCCAGAGAAGAUCAAAUUGACUAAUUACACUAAGAACUAUACUGCCAUCUAGGACCUCAAAAGCCUAGCAGCAAUUUGCAAGUUUUCAUAGCAAUAUGUAAAAUAGAUUGAAUUUAUUACCUGUGACUGGCUUCAGUAUUCGUGGGUACAAUUGCUGUAACUUGUGCUGAGUUGUAAAAAAGAAAUACAAUAUGUCUGUAUUGCUACGUGAUUUUUUUCAUUCCCCAUAAUAAAAGUUAAAAAAAAAGAAUUGAAGAGCAGGGAAUGGUAAUUUGAUUUAUUUUUAAGGCAGCUAUUUAAAAGGUAAUUUACUACUGAAACUGUCUUUCAGCUUUCUUGUCUUGUGCAUAGUUUGUUUGGCAAACAUGGUACUUGUAAAUUACUCACUGAUGCUUAUUUUUGAAUAAAUAGCAAGUUAAGGGCUA